AUGCAUGUUUUGCUCACUUGCGGAGGUCUGCUUCCCAAGAGCGCGCUUGGCAUUUCUGUGGCUCUGACAUUGGUUUGCAGCAUCCAGGCUGCUUCCAAUGUGACAGCGGGCUUAGAAGUGGAUCUGUCCUACAGGGAGGCUUCGUCAGCUCCGUGGACUUGGGCGGCUCACAGUGAGCACACUGCACGAUCCAACGUGGCCAGCCCCUCGAGAGUAGGGACAGUGUUGCUUGUACUGCUCGUGGUGUCGAUCGCCUCUGUUCGCCGCCUUUUUGCCCAAGACGAGUGGGACAGGGCUAUGAAAAGCAAGCUCAAGAAGAAAGCAGCGGACGUUACCAAAGAGGACGUCAAGGCUUUGAUGUAUCCAGAUGAUAUGGAAGAUGGCUCCAUGCUGGUCCCGGUUGAUGUGUCGGGCGAGCCAGAAGAUUUUCCGACUACUCCCGAAGAGCUCACGGCGAAGGUCGAGCCCAAAGAGGCAGUCACAGCUCUGAUAAAAGCACACGAUGCAUUUGAGAAGAACAAGUCCAAGUUCAGCAAAAACAAGAGACCCAUUCCAAUGACAGUGGGUGACUGGCUGACGCACGUGUCCAUGGAGGAGGAUGGUGGUGAGGAGGGCGGUGAAGAAGAGCAGCUGGAGACAGACGAGGUGAUCGAGCCAUCGCCAGUGAAGAAGCGCAGAAAGCCCUGA